AACAAAAAAGAAAAUUUAACAGCUAACUACUUGUUCAUAUUGCAUGAAAUGUGGGUUUUAAAAUUGCUAAGACUCUUGAUUUUGUAACAAUCAGAAGGGAAGUGAUGAGCAUCACAUCUUGCAACACUUCCGAUAAUAUGAGUGUUCCCUAAAAUGUAGAAGACAAGGAGGCAGCCCUAUUUGUAGCUGUAUAACCAUUGCAAUUGCGAGUCUUCCCAUUUUCUCUGAGCCUCAAGACUAUGAUACAAAGAUAAAUGAGACAAAGAAGUUUUCAAAUACAAGAUUCCCUGGCUGCUUGAAACAUCCAUAUAAUCUUUUCUUGCACAAGAACUGAGAUGGGCAGACAGUUUGGAAGCAGGAAGAAAAGAUGCUUGCUUGUCUUGGACUCAUCUUCAUGACACAGUGGAUGCUGAUGGUUGCUCAGAUGUAUGAUGAUUGGCAGUGCACAAACUGGGAGAUGUCAGAUUCACCCAUCCAAAAUUUGAUGCUGAAUUGGUGGAAAACAGAACUGAGUUGGAUCAGCACCAUGAAUUUCACUAAGUACAACUGUUCUAUGUCAGUAUAUAAUAAUGUGGUUGAAAUACAGGAAAAGAAUACAAAUUGCAUCUUUGGAAGAAAUCUAGCGUAUCCUCUGCACAACGGGGCAAAUUUUUCGGUUAAAGCAGAGAGCGCUAACAGUACAUACUCAGUCACAUGCAAGUAUAUUCCUCAAGGCAUUAAUGGGUCAGCCAUUGAGAACUUCUCCUGUGUGAUUUAUGACAUUUCCCUCAUGAACUGCACUUGGCAGGCAGGCAGGAAUGCUCCAGGAGAUACCCAAUAUUUUCUCUAUUGGCAGAACUCGAGAGAUGAUGACGUAAUGGAAUGUGGGCUUUACAUUGAAGACGAAAAUGGUAGACAUGUGGGAUGUAGAUUCAAAAAUGUGAAGAUAGAGAAAUCCUAUUUUUUGGUGAAUGGGUCUAGCAAAAACUCCCUGAUCCAGUUCUACGACACAGAUAUUGACCUAUAUACAAUUGAAAAACUCAUGCCUCCAUCAAAUGUCACUGUCAGUUGUGACGAAAACUCACAUUCUUGCACUAUUCGAUGGCAACAACCCCAAAUAAAUCACUCUAAAAAAGACAGAUGUUUUAAAUAUGAAGUUGAAAUAACAUCCAAGGGUAACUCUGCAGAGUGGACCAAUCAAAGUUAUACAAAAGAAAUUAUUACAAGCCACAUAGUUCAAAAUCCCAACAUGAGAAAGAAGAACCUGGUGAAAAUAAGAGCAGCUGGCCAUACGUGUAGAGUGAGCAAAGACUGGGGGGAGUGGAGCGCAGCUGUUGAGUUUGGAAAUGAAGAAAUUUCUUCUUCAGUAUGGAUUUUACCUGUAGUGGCAGUUGCAACACUCUCAAUAGCUAUCUUUACAAUUUUCUUCUGCAAAAGGACUGGUUAUUGGAAAGCAGUAUUUCCACAAGUUCCAAAGCCAAAAAAUCCAUUUCAUGGACAGCCUGAUAUAAAUCCACAGGCUUCAUUGUAUCUUUACAGAGAAGAAAAGAUGUUUCGCACUCUUGGACUCACAUGCAUGAUUUGUUGGUGCAUGAUGCUAUUUUGUCCUUUGCAUGCUGACCUUCAGUGUAUGGGGUCAGGGACACAAGAAUUGCCUAUCUCAAACUUGACAUUGAAUCGGAGAAGAAUGGAGCUGUCCUGGCAGAGCAGCAAGAACUUCUCCAGUUACAAGUGUACCAUGGCUGCAAACUUCAAACUCAGAGAAAUGAAGGUGAAGAACAAAUCAUGCAGGUUUGAAGUAGAAGAUAGCGUGCCUCUGUACAGAGGAGCAGCUUUCACCAUUACAGUACCAAAGACAAACAUCUCAAAAAUUUGUCCAUUUUUCCCUGAAGGCAUUAAUGGGUCAGCCAUUGAGAACUUCUCCUGUGUGAUUUAUGACAUUUCCCUCAUGAACUGCACUUGGCAGGCAGGCAGGAAUGCUCCAGGAGAUACUCAAUAUUUUCUCUACUGGCAGAACUCGAGAGAUGAUGACCAGACAGAAUGUGAACUUUACAUUAAAGAUGAAAAUGACCGAAACGUGGGAUGUAAAUUCCAAAAUGUGACAAUUAAAGAUAAAACUACUUAUUUCCUGGUAAAUGGAUCCCACAAAGCCUUCCUGAUCCAGUUUUAUGAUAAUUAUACAAAACUAUACACAAUUGAAAGACUCCCUCCUCCACUGAACAUCACUGCCAACUGUACUAGCAAUCCAGGAGGUUGCAUAAUUACAUGGCAACAACCCCUUCUAAGUCAUGUGGAAAACGCAGACUGUUUUGAGUAUGAAAUAAACAUACAAACUAAGUACAAGAUCCCAGAAGAGAAAAAGGAUCCUCCUGUAAUUGUAACUGAAAACAAAUAUGAAUUCAAAAGUUACAACGCAGGAAAAAAAAGCAUUCUGAAAAUCAGAGCACGUGGAAAAAGAAGAUGUUCUGUAAACAGAAAGUGGGGGGAAUGGAGUAACCCUAUAGAGUUCGGUGAAGAGAAAGAUUAUUUUAUUUAUGUGAUUUUAGUUCUGAUAGUGCUCGGAACAAUCCUAGUGACCCUGCUCCAUUACUGCCUUUGCAAGAGGUAUUGCAGUUCAAAAAGAAUAUUUCCUCCCAUCCCACAACCAAGAGGCAAAUUUGAUAUGCCAGCUGAGGAAGAUAUCCAGACAGAGAAUGCGCUUCUAUCUCAAAUAAGUUGUACUGAGGAAAUAACUGUGAUUGAGGAGAUGACCUAAUCUUCCAGAAAGAAAACAGAUUUGGAUGCAACACAAAAAUCACACAACCUCCUAAUAAUUUCCAAUUAUUUAUGGUGUUCUUCACAGCAUGGACUAGAAAUGAGUAUCACCUAUGAAACCAUUUCCCCACACUAAAAACAAAACAAAACAAAACCCACAAAAAUGUUUCUUUUCCCUUUGUUCAGAAGCAAUGCCUGGCAACCAAGCUCCUCCAAAAACACGUGCUAUGAAGAUUUGCUUAAAAGUUGCUGAGGUUCUCUUCACCAUCUAAGACAAAGCCUUUCAUCAACAACAUAGCAGAAAUGUGGUAUAAUUUCUUCCGUUCAUUGCUGGAGCAAUUAUUUCCUGAAUUAAGAGUAGUGCUACAGGAAAUCAAAAUGCUAUUUCCCCAACUUAACAUUUUAUAUAUAUACUCCCAAGAAUUUUCUGGAGCAGAAAGUAGCUAAAAGUUGCCCUUCUACCUUGUAACCCUGAUACCAAACUCUUAAAAUAUUCAGUGAACCUUAUGGCAAAAUAAAAUAAAAUAAAAUCUUGCUAAAAAUAACUAAGAUGGGCUGCCAGUCAGUCGUGUAAUGAGUUCAGCAUCUCCAACAGCAAUGUGAAUCUCUGCAAUACCAAUAAGAACUUCAGUGGCACAGCUACAGACUUCAAUAAAUCCAGCGUAACAAUCACAAGAUUUGGAAUCAAAUCUGUAAAACUAGGUUUUAAGUAGUUCAUCACACCAGUCUACGUCCUUCCAAGUGUGCAGAUCUUGUUUCCAGAUCUAUUGAAAAUACAGUAUUUUCUGUUAAACAAAUUCAAAAUCUUUUCCUGCUGAAAGUAUUUUCCAAAAGAUCCACAUUUCACCAGUUAAGUGCUUCAAUAAGGCAGAAAACAAAUGCUUUUUUUAAAAGUCUCAUUUAUUGUUUGCCUCUUAUGUUCCCACACUGCAUAAUCACAUUGCAAAAUGCUGCUGGAUGACUAAGGGAAGCAACAUACUAGAAAAAUAAACACCAAGCAGUACAUGCUGUAAUGCACAGCAGAGGUAAGUUGCAUUUCCACUUAAAUAACAACCCACGCUUGCAUUGAUUUAUUUGCUUGCUUCUCCUGAUUAACACCUAAUUUUGUUGGAGGAGGGGCGGUGGACAAAAAAAGAAAUCUGCCCUUUUCAAGGGCUGCUAGUUAACUGUCAUGCUUGCUUCUUCCUCACAAAGUUCAGCCACCAUGCACUCACAGUAAGGUUAUGUGAGGGACUCUAUCGUUAUAUACCUACCUUUUAAGCCACUGAUGUAGAAAAUAAACCUGUGAAAUAUAUCUAUACAGGCAGAUUCUUCCUCUGUCCCUUCAGAUCAAUAGAAUUACAACUGAAACAGCAGCUUAAUUGGAAAGUUCAGCAUCAAGUGACCUGUCCACACCAUGAGAGAGCUACCAUUACCAAACAGGGUUAAAAACAAACAAACAAAAAAAAACCACUUGCAGUAGGUACAUAAAAUUUGCCAUUAGCCUGUGUACAAA